UUCGCCAUUAAAUUUUCUGUAAGAUUAUAGCAGGAAAUCCAAUCGUGAUUUUGUGAUCAUGGCGUACUGUAGGAUAUUGAUUGUAUUGGUCACGUGUGCUGUUCUUCAGAAAAGAUGCGUUGUGCUUGGUGAUUAUAUGAAUGGGUUCCAGCCGGUGGCUGAUUUGUCCUCAUCAGCCAUUGAAAAGACAGACGAAGCCUAUUAUGAACUCGGCCUUGGUACACCGUUCCCGUUCUAUAACAAAAGAUACAGCAGUAUUUUUAUUAACGAAGAUGGUGUUCUGACUUUUCUGGACCCAGUGGCCCUCGCAGGACCCAUCAGUAUUCCAAUCUUUGACGUGGAUGGAUCGGGUGAAAUAGAUCAACCUCAGGAGAGGAUGGUCCUCAUAGCGCCAUUCUGGACUGAAGUGAAACCAGAUACCGGUAACGUGUAUUACAGAGACGGGUUGAGCUCAUCGACGCUGCAGGCCGCAGAGAACAUCGUCAAGGGCUGCUACAUAGACCAGUCUCGGUUCACUGCAACGGCAGGAGUUGUGGUUACGUGGGACCAAGUGUCGAAUGAUGAUGACACGACCAAGAAAAACAGCUUUCAAGCAAUCCUCGUCUACGAUGAUUUCAGGUCCUUCGUAAUUUUUUAUUACAGUGAUAUGCAGUACCAGUCAACGUCCGUACCAAAUGUUGGUUUCAACGCUGGAGACAUUAAAGGUGGUCUUGCGUUCACUGAGGGAAGCUACCGUGACCUGCCUAGCGGUACUAACUGUGCUGAGCAAAGUGAGACGCACUCUGGAGCCUAUGUCUUUAGAGUUGAUGUGGAGCGUAUGUCGUCGGCAGGCUGUCCUGGUGAUACCCAAAAUAUCGCCCUCCAGGUUGCGCCAUCUUCGGGGCCCAUGGUUGGCGGGAAUCGCAUCACCGUCAUGCACGGGUGCGAUCUUAACUCCAAAGAACCCGUGUGUGUCUUUACAAAGGGUGGCGUCAUCCUGCAGACAGUCACCAAGGUGGAGACUAUUGACUCGGCCGUUUAUUGCAUCCCUGGGCCGUUCUACGUGACUGAAGACGUUACCAUACUGGUCUAUAAAUCACUGGAGCAGGCUGAAGCUGAUCCUCCAGAGACCCCUUUUAUUACAGCCAAGUACACAGUAGAUCAUCCAGACGACAGCGUGCCUAGCGUGACGCGAUCCUCAGCCGACUCCUCCUCCUGGAACACGGCGGGAACGAGUCUGACAAUAACGUGGGACUCAACGCUCUUCAUGAGCGACACCCUGGUAACGGUCUCCGUCCUGCAGUACGAUGAAUCCUUAGCUGGGCAGAUUCCAACUUGGGAGCUGGCCUAUAACCUUGGAGUCAGCGAGCCGAAUAUCGGAUCCUUCUCCUUUAUACCAAUGGCAUUGGAUAACAUAACUGAAACCAACCCGUUUGGGAUCAUCCGAGUCAUUGGAGAGGGCGAGUACCCUGUGUCACUAUUCAGCGAUGUUCACAUGCUAGGAUAUCUCCUUCAUCAACCCUAUCAGGAUAAUCCUGUAGUAUGGGCUGAUGAGCAAUGCACAAGGUGGGACGCUCAAGAAGAUUUGGACAACAAUGCUAAUGGUGAGCCCAGAUACUUCAGUGAUGUCACAGCUUGCCCCUGCAAUCUAGACCAAGUAGAGUUGGAUUUCGGAAGUUUCUUUGAGCAAACUGGUGGCUGUUCAAGAAAUUUUGGCGAUCCUUCAUGUACACGAGAGAUGAGCAGCUCAAGAAGAUGUUUCUUAAGCACAAACUCAAUAGCUGGGGCAGAAUGUUGCUACAGUCUCGAGGGCAAUUUAAUAUUCUCCAUGGAUGACCGCACAGGAGGCAGUUCGGACAAGGCACCGAUGCUGGGCGUGGCGCCUUAUGCUCUGCCCGGUCAUACCCCAUACUUGUCCCACUGGGUGGAGGACGUUGUACCUUAUCAGUUCUGCUGCCGUUGGGCGACGGAUAGGUGUCGUACUUACCUUGAGAACCGACCCGGAAAGGACUGCUAUGACUACAGUGCACAACAGUCAGCUGUUGUCUUUGGUGACCCACACUUUGUGACCUUUGACGGGCGGAGGUACACCUUUAACGGCAUUGGAGAAUAUCAACUGAUGGAGGUAGCUAGCCUUGGAUUCAGACUGCAUGGAAGAACAGCAAUGGCAACUGAGCAGGGAAGAGACCCAGUUGCCAGUUUCCUCUCAGCUGUCGCCGUGCAUGAAACCGGAAGUGACUCCAUCCACAUCGAGGUUGGGCAGCUCAGACCAUUGAAUCUCUACGUCGUAGGGGCAGAUGGCAGCUUCAGGCAACCUGACCUAUGGAUGGAUGGCGCAGUUUAUCAUCCGUUACACCUCAGGGGGGUAUCUUUGCAUGUGAGCCCUACCUUUAGAGAGAUAACGCUAUCCUUCCACGUCUCACAUAUUAACAUUAAAGUGAAAGCAGAAUCGCUGACACCAAGUAUAACCGUGGAGGUAUUGUCAGGCACAACUGUGAUUGGCACAGCAGCGGUGACCGGGCUGAUGGGCGACAUGGACGGAGAUCCUUUGAAUGAUAUUAAGAGCAUUACCGGAACUGUCUAUCAGGGAGAUGACCCAACCGAGAUGUUUGAACUGUUCCAGACAUGGGAAGCAACUACACCUGAUAUGUUCCACCGUGACGGAGUGACGAAAAGAGGAGACUAUCGAAACACAACCUUCGUCCCCACGUUAGUGACACCCGGAUCGGAGACGCUUCCGCCAAGCAUUGGUACUGGGUUGGAAAGCACAUGCCAGAACCUCCAGGAAUGUAUCUUUGACAUGUCCGUCACUCAGACAGCGGAAGCUGGUCAGGCUGCAUUCGCCGCUAAUGCUGAAUUUGUGGAGAUGCAGCAGAUGUUAGCGAAAGUCGAGACGUGCCGAUACAUCCAAGGUCCAGAGGGCGGCCAGGUAGCCUUCUCAGAUGAAACCAAGCAAUACAUGGUUGGAACGUCCGUCACUUUCUCGUGCGAUGACGCUGCAAAUAUUCUAAUAGGUCCAGCAACUCGCAACUGUCAAUCCAAUAGACAGUGGUCAAACUCAGUUGUCCCAGUCUGUAUUGAUACCGAUUGUGACAGAGAGACCCUGAGUGCUGAUGGAGUUGAGGUGGUAAAAGAAGGCACAGACAGUGAUGGCAAUAUACAGGUGACGGUAGGCUGCCCCGGUACAAAUGUCACAUCAACUCUAACUUGCAAGAGUGGAGUGUGGACUGGAGGCAAAAUUAGCUGCUCCGUGGCCGGUUUGACGGGUGGUGCCGUGGCCGGAAUUGUGGUGGCGCUGUUCAUUAUCAUAGCCCUCGUGGUGAUCGGUGUCGGCUACAUCUUGUUCCGUAGGAAAGAGGGAGUGAAAGAUCUCGGCCAAUCAGGAACUCAGGUGAAGGAGAAUCAACCAGCUGAGAAUUGGGGAAUGGAACAGGAGGCAGCGGACGCCUCGGCUGCACACGCCAGCACCAGACCGAAAUUCAACUCGGAAGUCUAAAGUUCAAACAACAACACCUCAACUGCAAAAACUGCUUGAAAUACGACUUAGUUAUCACAGCGUGCAAACAGGGCCUUAUCUCAUAGAGCUGCUUUAACGGCUGAUUUUUGGGCUUGCUGUACACUUUCCAUUUCAUAGCACUGCUAACCGUAAGCACAUGAAAAGGCAUGCUAACCUUCCGGUGCUCACUGCACGAAAAUAUAUGAUGUCACAAUGCAAAUUCAUGGUGAUCCACGAUAUGGCUGCCUAAUUUUUCUGCUAACCUAUGAAUACCCUUGCACCUUAGCAAAUUUUUCUGCUACAGUAAGAUUGAAAAUUUGCUUACUGUUAAGCAGCGCUGUGUAUUUGGGCCGUGGUCUAAAGGGAUGUUUCAACUAUACUGGCAAGUUUUCAUUUUUAAAAAGAUAUAAGUGUCUUACACUUCUUGCAAGUGUUUCUGUUCGGGAAAUUUAGAAGAGCACACUAUUUGACCUUCCCUGGCAUGAUGCUUAUCGGUCACUUAAUGAGUGUCUGUUUUUAAUUAGGAUAGUAACUACCGUUUCAUUUCAUUGAUUAAUUCUGGUGGUGAAGCCAAGAACUUGAUUUAGUCACUACACUAGCCAAGAACCAUAGAGAAGACAAGUGAGGAUGUCUCAGUUUUAGACUUUUGAAGAAAACCCUGCCUCCGUGAAGUAUCAGGCUGCCUUUACCUUUAUAUUGUAAACACUAUAAAAGUACAGAGAGUUCACCCCAACCCAAUAGUGCCAUCGUUUUAUAAUACUAAUAAUAGCUUUAUUUAGCGCACUCCAUGUACCAACAAGGUACUCUAGGCGCUUGGUACAUACAGUUUUUUUUUAUAAAGAUAGGUUAAUGAAGUUAUGAAUUAUGAGACCCAAAUCUUAAAGUGAUUUUAUGGGGUUUUGGUAAUCAUUAAGGUCAGUUUGUGUGAAGUGGGUGUGGCUUAAAGCAGAAGUUUUACACUUGGGAGCAGGGCCCAUUUCUGCUUACCAGAAAUUAGCAGGAUACCAAUAACAAAUUGUACAAGAUAGAAUACUUUUGUUACAUCUUGUUGUUUAUUAUCUUUUGUUACUUUGCAAUUGCUUUGUUUGGUUUAUAAUUUGCUUAUUUUUUUUUCUGCAGGUAUUUUGUAUGCGUUCAUUUUAAAUGGUGUGAAGCUGAACUAUUUCUUUUUUUCAUAGAAACACAGCUUAGUUCGGAAAGAAUGUUAUAAGUUAGGUAAAUGCAUUAUGGGGAGGUUCCAGCGAGAAGUUUCGAGUUGGAGACUCUAGGUGGCGGCAGACCACGGUCUCGAUAAAGUGUGCUUUCUCAGAACUACGUUAACAACUAACUUUAUUACACACAAUGCAACUACAUUUGAAAUAAGAAUGAAUUGUUUUGCAUCAACAAGGUUUUCUUUGUUUCUGAAGGUUGUAUAUACCCGCAAUGGUUUUUUAUUCACUGUAAUUUUCUUUUGAAAGUUUGCGUCAAAACAUAAGAUAAGAAAUGUGUUAUCCCACACUGGGGAAAUUAAAACUUGCCUCAAAACAUGGAUCACGUUACGGCAUGCGUUCAUCAUGCGAGUUUCAAAAUGGCGUCCACAAUCAAUACUGCCACCUAGCGUUCUAAGAUAUCUCAUUCGAAAAGUUGGGCAAAACGACAGACAAAAUUGUUUGUUUGACUCUUCACAGGAAUCGGUUAACAGUAGUCAUGAGUCUUUGACCUUUAGUUUCCAGUCAAACCGACCUUCAGUUUUAGUCUAGCACCCUGUGGCUUUCAAUUGAGUCAUACAACCAAGGAAUAUUAAGUCUUUUUUUAACUAGUUGGAGGAGUUGUUUUUAUUCACCAGACGCUGAUUUGUAUAUUAUGCACUAAACAACCUUUUUUUGCCAAAUGAUAGCCGUGUUUGUAGACUAGACUGAGAUUUUCCCAACACUUCUGUGUAUUUUUGGGGUGGGAAUGGAAUAUAAAUGUUUUAAUUACGUAAUGUAGGAGCAUUGGAGAUAGUCGGGUACCCGUAUAAAUCAGGAGUACACAUGCGUAGAUGAACUAUAGGAGACAGGUCAUCAGACAAAGAUGGCUACUAAUUUUGAAUUCCAGAAAGUAUAUAUAUUUUAUUCUAAUAAGUGUGUUUGUAGGUUAAUAACUGUUUAAAAACUAUUCUGUACACGCCAUAAUCAAAGCAUGUGUGCUCAUGCGACGUUAGGGAUGAGAAAUGUCAGACUUUCAUCUGAAUUCAGACUUUUUUAGAGAAAAACAAAUAUUAACCGUAAUUUUUGUCAAAAAAAAAAAAUCUGCUCUUUGAUCUACUUCUUUAUUGCUGAGGACACUGUUACUAACAGCUCGGUGACAUCUAAAACUCAGAGGUUUACCAACAGUUGGAAAUGACAAAACUUCAACAUACCUUCUAAAUUUGUUAUCCUAAGACGUUAUUAUUAUUAAUGACUCUCCCCAGUGAUCUCUUUUAUACGGGCAGUAGAGAUCAGUGCUCUCACCCCUGGUGGUUGUCAAAGGCCAGUAUUCUCACUUGGUUUAUCUCAACAGCAUAAAACUACAAACCUGUGAACAUU